CGAAACCCAAGAACAUAUAGCAACACAACAAAUAUAGUCAAAAUUCGAAAGAGGAAAAUACAAGUUAUAUAUAGCACCGAUUCGAUCUGAAAUAAACGGAGAAUGGAGAAGUUAAGCAAGGCGAAGAAGGUGGCGCGCGAGGAGAAGCAGCGCGACCAGAAGCUGGAGGAGUUGGUGAUGAAAUCCCUGGAGGAGUGCCCCUCGACCGAGGAGAAGGUGAAGCUCCUGUUGCAGCGCCAUGUGGACAGCGAGAAGAACGUUAGCCGGCUGACGGCGGAGCUGCGCGUCCUGCAGCGCCACAUGGAAUCGCAGCAGCGGGAGAAGGAGCAGGUGCAGCGGGAUCUCAACAAGAGCGUCCUCAUGCGCGACAAGCUGCAGGAGGUGUGCCGCGAACAGCAGCGCAUCAUUAAGUCGGUGAAGAACGAGAGCCUGCUGCAGAUCAAGGUCGAGGAGGAGCGACGCAAGGAGAGCCAGAGCAAGUUCCAGAACUCCCUGAACGAUGUCCAGAAGUCCCUGGCCAAGAACAACGAGGAGAACAUCAAGCUGCGCGAUUACAACAUCGAGAUGACCAAGAAGUUAAAACUGCUGGCCGAGCAGUACCAAACGCGGGAGCAGCACCUGGAGAAACUCAAUGAGCAGGUCCAGCUGGAGGCUCAGCUCCAUCAGGCCAAGCUGCAGAAAUGCCAGGUGGAGGCCGCCAUGGAGAAGGAGAUAAUGGGCAAGGAAAACAAAAUUGGCCUGGAGAAACUGCUGCAGGCGCAGCGUGCCAUCAAGGAUCUCACCGAAAGGGAACACCAACUGAAGGAGCAGCUGAAUAUCUACACGGCCAAGUACGAUGACUUCCAGCAGUCGCUGCAAAAGUCCAACGAGGUGUUCGGCAGCUACAAGGUGGAGCUGGAGAAGAUGUCCAAGCACACGAAGAAGAUCGAGAAGGAGGCGCUGGGCUGGCGCCAGAAGUACGAGAAGGCCAAUGCCACGGUGAUCGAUUUGGCCACCGAGAAGAACCUGCAGGCGCAGCACUCGGAUCGCCUGCAAAAGCAGGUACAGCAACUGCAGAAGCUGCUGCGUGCCCUGCAGCUGGAGCGGACCACACUGCACAAGUGCCUGCGGGACAACGAAAUCGAAAUUCCCGCCUUGCCGCAAUUGCCGCCCGAACCGGAGCCAGUGAAUGUGAAGCCCGUGAGCGCGGAUAAUGUUAAAAUGGAGAUGAUGACUCGCAACUGUGCGGAACUGAAGCAAACGCUGGCCAAUCUGCAGAAUCAAAUGAAGCUGCUAACGGCCAGCGAAUCGAAGACGGCCAGCGAGGAGAAAAACAAGGCCGCCGAGGAGCAGAGACAGGCGAACAAUGCCAAGAAGAAUAUUCGCAAGAAGGAGAAGAAGUCCAAGGCGAAGGCGGCCGCAGCAGCGGCGGCAGCGGCAGCCGCAUCCCCAUCGAGUGAGGAGCUCAAUGGCGUUCAGGAGCUGGCCGACACGGAGCUGCAGGCAGCGGGGGAUGCCUCGAUAACGAAUGCCAAGGAAGCCCAGGCUACCAUCGUCACGGAGCCGCAGGAGAAUGUGGGUGAUGGCGACGCCGCCGCCAAGUCGCCCGCCGAUCUAUCCGAAGUGCCUGCCCUAAUCGAUGCCAAUGCAGACUAAAUUGUCGACUGCCCGCCUGAGUAAUGCCCAUCCAAAUCACGGACGGCCACAUGGAGGCCUCCUUCCUUCAAAGCAUUUCGUGUCAUCUUGUCUCAACUUCAAAAAAUGUCAUCAAUUACAAAUUUUGUACUAGUUAUUUAUUGUACUUUGUAUAUUGUAUUUAUUUAAAGGAAUGUCAACGCGGAUCGUGCGUAUUGCUGUUCAACAACAAAUUGAGUAAAACGUGUUUCCUGCAAACAAA